CUCUCACCGUUACAACCGGCGGGACCAAUCACCACGCCGCAUCAAGUUCUUCCUCCUCGGGCUCGGCACACCACCACCUGCAUACAACUGGGUCCAAAACUCCGUCCGGGGUCGGUGGCGUUUCUGUGUUCGCUCGGGCGCGGAAGUCGCUCACUUCGAAGGAAACCAGUUUGGCCGAAGCCAACCGGUUUCACCAGCUGUGGGACAGCGCAGAAAGGGAGUUCCGGAAAUUGCACGAAGACUUGGAACAAGUUAUGCUCGCCAUCACGGACAGCCGAGACGUUUUGCUCGUCGACCAAGACAACUUGGAACUGG